UCCCAAGCCAAGACGCGAGUUGUCGCCCCGACGGUUCCCGAGGUUGAAUUUAACCCCUCGGUCGCCAAGUUGAAUGAGACAGAACAGAAGACUUCAGCAGCAGCCGGUGGAGAAGGUAGGGUAGGUAAUGCAGCCAGCAGUGUAGACGCGGCGAAAUCAAUACCCGAGUUGCGGGUGCAGACGCCUACGGUAAAGGGUGAUUCCAGCAGCAUAACGGAGGGAGAACGGAAGCCGAGCAGAAAGGCGAGCUCGGACAGCCAGGCUACAGAUGCUAGUUGUGAUACCUUUACGCUGCGAACACCCUGCUCUGGUUGCAAUCCCCUGUCGUUUUUUGCCGGAGCAUACCCACCGACAGUAGGCGCUGUCACCUUGGAACUAUCAACCUCAACUCCAGUGGAUGCCGCAGUUACCACCACCACCACCCCCACCGCAGUGGAACCAGAUGCCAGUACUGACAACUGA